GCGGUCGCGGGUCUUGACUGUACGGCGCUCGUCCGGCGUGUGUUCCACGGUCAACCGAGCUGUCUCCCGUCCUCUCGUCUGUCACCAUGUCCCGCUGCCUCGCUCUGGCUCGGUUCGCCUUGGGUUCCUCUCACACGGUCGGUUCCCCAAUAAAGUUAUGUGCACGAGGGCUGAGUAGCCGAAUUACCUCGCGCUCCUCAACUGGAGACCUGCAGGUUGGACAGCAGCAGCAGCGGUGGAGCGUCCGGCCCACAGCGUGGAGCUCCCAGCGGUCCUUCCCUGGCUUCAGCCAACAGUCUUACUACAGCACCCAGGAGGCUGAGAAGGAGCCCGAAGAAGAGCCUUUGCACACCAUCAUCAGUGAUACAGAGUCUGUUCAAGGUAGCUUGUCCAAACAUGAAUUUCAGGCAGAGACAAAAAAGCUUUUGGACAUUGUCGCCAGGUCCUUGUACUCUGAGAAAGAGGUGUUCAUCAGGGAGUUGAUCUCCAACGGCAGCGAUGCUCUGGAAAAAUUGCGCCACAAACUGAUGACAGCAGGUGGAGAAACUGCUCAGAUGGAGAUCCACCUUCAGACCGAUGGUGCCAAGGGCACAUUCACAAUUCAGGACACGGGAGUGGGAAUGAACAAAGAGGAGCUGGUAGCCAACCUGGGCACCAUCGCCCGCUCUGGAUCCAAGGACUUUCUGGAUGCCCUGCAGAACCAGGCGGAGGCCAGCAGCAGCAUCAUUGGUCAGUUCGGGGUGGGAUUCUAUUCGGCCUUCAUGGUGGCCGACCGCGUGGACGUCUACUCUCGGUCCGCUGAGCCUGACGCACCUGGAUACAAGUGGUCCUCAGACGGCUCUGGAGUUUUUGAAAUCGCUGAAGCCGGCGGCGUUCAGCAGGGAACAAAGAUCGUGCUGCACCUCAAAGACGAUUGCAAGGAGUUUUCCCUUGAGGACAGAGUUAAAGAGGUCGUGACAAAGUACAGCAACUUUGUGAGCUUCGCCAUCUUCCUGAACGGACGCAGGCUCAACACUCUGCAGGCCUUGUGGAUGAUGGAGCCGAAGGAGAUCAGUGACUGGCAGCACGAGGAGUUCUACCGCUACGUCGCUCAGGCCUACGACAAGCCGCGCUACACGCUGCACUACCGCGCCGACGCCCCGCUCAACAUCCGCAGCAUCUUCUAUGUCCCCGACUCGAAGCCGAGCAUGUUUGACGUGAGCAGGGAGAUGGGCUCCAGUGUGUCUCUGUUCAGCAGGAAGGUUCUGAUCCAGACCAAAGCCGCUGACAUCUUACCCAAGUGGCUUCGCUUCCUCCGAGGUGUGGUGGACAGUGAGGACAUCCCGUUGAAUCUGAGCAGAGAGCUGCUGCAGGAAAGCGCCCUCAUCAGGAAGCUGCGUGACGUUUUGCAGCAGAGGGUGAUCCGCUUCCUGCUGGACCAGAGCAAGAAGGAGCCGGAGAAGUACAACACGUUCUUUGAGGACUACGGCCUGUUCAUGAGGGAGGGCAUCGUCACCACCCAGGAGCAGGACGUCAAGGAGGAUAUUGCUAAGCUGUUGAGGUUUGAGUCUUCCGCUCUGCCGGCGGGGGAGCGCACCAACCUCAUGGAGUACUCGUCCCGUAUGAAGGCGGGAACGCGCAACAUCUACUACCUGUGCGCGCCCAACCGCCAUCUAGCAGAGCACUCGCCCUACUAUGAGGCCAUGAAACAGAAAGACAUGGAGGUGCUCUUCUGCUACGAGCAGUUCGACGAGCUCACCCUGCUCCACCUGCGCGAGUUUGACGGCAAAAAGAUGAUCUCGGCGGAGACGGACAUCGUGGUGGAUCACUACAAAGAGGAGAAGUUUGAAGACACCAAGCCCGCCUCCGAGCGUCUGACGCAGGAUCAGGCCGACGACCUGUUGUCCUGGAUGAAGAAUGCUUUGGGCCCCCGAGUCACCAACAUAAAGUUGACGCCCCGGCUGGACACCCACCCAGCUAUGAUCACGGUGUUGGAAAUGGGUGCCGCGCGCCACUUCCUCCGCACACAGCAGCUGGCUCGCACCCCUGAGGAGAGAGCUCAGAUACUGCAGCCCACACUGGAGAUCAAUGCAGGACAUGAGCUGAUCAAGAAGUUGCAGGCACUGAAGGACACAAACUCUGAGCUGGCUGGUCUGUUACUGGAACAGAUCUAUGAUAAUGCCAUGAUUACGGCAGGCCUAAACGAUGACCCCCGACCAAUGAUUUCCCGCCUGAAUGACCUGCUGACUAAAGCUCUGGAGAAGCACUGAGAGCUGCUCACCAAACGCCAAAAACUCAAUUGGUUUUAAAGGACGUGGCUUGUGAAGCAUUUACAGUUGGACAAAGCAGCGGCCCUUUGCUCAACUUCAGCCAUAAAUGAACAUCUGCCCCCGGCCCUCAGUGCUUCAUUAUGGAGAGCACGUAAAGGCACAAAGAACAGCUGGAAGUGUCCAUGUUUACGCUCCAAGUUGAGCACUAUUUCUUGGAGUUCCGGGUUGCCAACAUAGAAGUAAACCAGAAAGAAUUGGGCUUCACUCAUUGAUAAUUAAAUAUGAUUUCUUAACAUGCAUUCAGAAGUUACCUUGAUAUAUCCUGUGUAGGUUUUAUUGUGAUGUCUGGAUUAGAAUGUAACAUUUCUCCAUA